AUGGUUUUUAAGUCGGUUCUUGUUGCGCUCUUGAGUGCUCUUGUUUGCUCCGCCGGUGUUAGAAAGCUUGAGGGCCAAAGGCCUGAUCCUUUUGAGGAAGAGAAGACGUUCUUCCGCAGCCCUAGGUAUGGUGUCGGCCUUGGCGGUGGAGGUGGCUUGGGGGGUGGCGCUGGUUUAGGUGGCAGUGCUGGCUUGGGAGGAGGCGCUGGCACCAGGGGUGGUCUCGGGGGAGGCGGUGGGCUUGGGGGAGGUGGUGGAAGAGGAGCGGGCGGCGGGCUUGUCGGUGGAGCUGGUGGAGGGUUUGGAGGAGGGGCAGGGGCAGUUGGUGGGGCAGGCGGCGGCAGGGCUGGAGGAGGAUUUGGCGGAGGUGCCGGGGGUGGCGUUGGAGGUGGAUUUCCUUGA